AUUCGGCGAAGAAACCUCCCAUACUCUACGGAGAUGAAGUAUCUCCGCCCGUGAGAUUUGUGAUGAUGACGGCAGCGCACCUCAACAUUCAGUUGGAUUUCCACCCAAUUGAUCUCUUUAAGUCUGAACACAAAAUGGACGCUUUUAAUCAGAUUAAUCCACUUCAAAAGGUGCCAGUGUUGAAAGUUGAUAAAGAUGUGAUCUGUGACAGUCACGCUAUUGCAAUGUACCUUUGUGAAACUACUAAAUCUGAAGAUUUGUAUCCAGGAAGUGCUUUGGCCAGGGCAAAAAUAAAUCAAAUGCUUUUCUACAAUGCGACAACUUUAUUUCCAAUUGACAGUUUCAUACUUUCUGAAUAUUUUUGUGGAAAAAUGCCAUCUGGAGUUAAAGUUGAUGAAUGGUUUAAUUCUCUGCAUUACCUAAAUACAGCUCUGUCGGUUUCUCCAUGGCUCGCUGGAGAUCAGAUGAGGAUUUGCGACUUUUGCUGUGCUUCCACCAUUAGUUCCAUGGAGACGGUCGUUAAUGGAAUCAAGAAAUUUGUUUACUUGAAGAGGUGGAUGGAUGAAUUGGAAAAACUACCUUGUUUUGAAAUCAACAGACGUGGCUUAGAGCGAUUGAAAUAUUUUAUGAGUCUUUACAAGCCAAACUAAAUGAACCAUUAUAUUAUUCAAAUGAGUAGAUGAUUAA